AUGUCCUCGUCGUCAGUUCCGAGUGCACAGAGUAUUGUGAGGCCGAUACUUACAACUGGGGCAAAAAAUACCAUCGCAUCCGCUACAUAUAUUUUGGGAGACGGUCAAGACCCCCAUAUCUGGUGUGACAACUUCAAGGCGAGAGUGAUGCGUAACUGUGCUUUCUGGGAACCCGACUUCUUCAACUACAAUAUUGGCAGAGCUCCAGCGUUACCUGGGAUUGAUAGCUGGGCUGCCACACCCGCUGGAGUCGUGACAAUGCCUGGCAUCAACCUCAGAUUCGACUUCAGCCUAGACUGGAAUCCCCGUGACGCACAACACGACCGUGUUAGAUCAGCUAUCCGUGAGGCAACUUGGGCUGGGGCCGUGUUCGCCAACGGUCUUAGAUGA